AUGGACACCGACUCGGCCGCUCGGCUAGCACCUGAAGAGGUAGGGCGUCAUCUCGGAGUGGACGUACAAAGCGGUCUCAGCCUGCUGGAAGUGUCGGUGCGACAGGGGCUUGUUCCUCCAAAUGAGUUGGAGAAGGAAGAGGAGGACCCGCUGUACAAGAGAUACCUGGAACAGUUCAAAGACCCGCUCAUCCUGCUUCUGUUGGGUUCGGCGGUGCUGAGCCUUCUCAUCAAGCAGUACGACGACGCCGUCAGCAUUUUCAUGGCCGUCACGAUCGUGGCAACGGUGGCGUUCGUGCAAGAGUACCGCUCGGAGCAGUCACUGCAGGCGCUGACCACGCUCCUCCCUCCGCACGCUACCUGCUUUCGUGGAGGCAAGGCUUCGGACGUGAUGGCGCGAGAGCUUGUCCCCGGAGACGUGGUGCUGGUAAAGAGCGGCGACCGCAUCCCUGCAGACUGCCGCUUGGUUCAGGCUGCCGACCUGUUUGUCGACGAGUCGAGCUUGACCGGAGAGGGCCACGCACGCGAGAAGGUAACCGCCGCCCUUGGCGCGGUGGCGAGUGGAGACGGUCGACUAGAGGGCGCCGGACCCGUGAGCCACGGGCACAGAGCGAUUCCGCUGGCGGAGUGCAAGAACAUGGUGUUCAUGGGGACCCUCGCUUGCGGUGGCCACGCCAAGGCGAUCGUCGUCGCUACAGGGAUGAAGACGGAGUUCGGCAAGACGUUCGAGGACAUGAAGGACAUCGAGUCUCGGCGCACGCCGUUGCAGAUGAAGAUGGAUGAGCUGGGGAAGCAGCUGAGCCUCCUCAGCUUUGGCAUAAUCGGAGUCAUCGCGCUCGUGGGGGUGCUGCAGGGAAAGAAGCUGCUGGACAUGUUCAACAUCGGGGUGUCUCUGGCCGUGGCCGCUAUCCCAGAGGGCCUGCCCAUCUGCGUCACGGUUACACUCGCUCUCGGGGUAAUGCGAAUGGCGAAGAGGAACGCGAUCGUGAAACGGCUGCCGGCUGUUGAGGCGCUCGGGUGCGCGACCGUGAUCUGCGCCGACAAGACCGGAACACUCACCCGCAACAAGAUGACGGUGAAGGAAGUGUUCGUGCUGUCGGAGGAAGAGGUGUUGGCUGUGGGCGGGGUUGGCUAUGACCCUGCGGGCGAGUUCACCGUGUGCGGGAGGGGCGUCACGCCCCAAAGCUGUCCCGCCGUGGCGUCUCUGCUGGAAGCGGCUUGUCUUUGCAAUAACGCCGCCCUGGGGGACGCGGCAGCCGGCGGAGCCAGAGUCUCAAGUGCUGACCCCGUGGCCGCAGACGAUGCAGCGACGCGGGGACAGCCGACGGAGAUCUGUCUCCUGGUUGCGGCGCAAAAGUUUGGAGUCCCAGAUCCCCGACCAACGCACGAGCGCAUCCACGAAGUCGCCUUCAGCUCCAGCCGGAAAAAAAUGGAGGUCCGUUGCCUCGACAGCGCCGGGAAGGAAACAUGCUACGUGAAGGGGUCGGUGGAGGCCGUCUUGAUCAACUGCACCACCUGCCAGGUGCAGCGAGGGUCCGCCGCCGCGGAGAUGGGGGAGACGGAGCGGCGUCGGGUGCUGGACGUGGCCAACGCGUUAGGGUCGAAGGGACGGAGAGUGAUGGCUGUUGCGUGCGGGACACGCGCGGACUCCCUUUUCUUUUGUGGAUUGGUCGGGAUCAUGGACCCGCCCCGGGCGAGCGCGAUCAAGUUCGCGGAAAGGAUGCAGGCGUGCUCGACAAGAAUGUGCAUGAUAACGGGCGAUGCGGAGGAUACCGCGGUCGCGGUGGCGUCGGCGGUGGGAUUCUUCGACCCUUCGCACCACCGCACCCUGUCGGGUGCCGAGAUCGAGAGCAUGAGCACGUCAGAGCUUGAGGUUUUUGUCCACGAGGUUGGUGUGUUUUACCGGACCAGCCCUCGCCACAAGCUCAGCAUCGUCAAGGCCCUCCAGGGCAUCGGAGAGGUCGUGGUGAUGACCGGAGACGGGGUUAACGACGCCCCCGCCCUGAAGGCGGCCGACAUCGGAGUGGCGAUGGGUAUUUCGGGCUCGGAUGUCGCGAAGGAGGCCGCGGACAUGAUUUUGAUGGAUGACGACAUCGCUACCAUCACAGCGGCGAUAGAGGAGGGGAAGGCUAUCUUCUACAACAUCAAGAACUUCUUGACGUUCCAGCUGUCUACGGCUUUGGCGGCGCUGUCGAUCGUGGCUAUCGCGACGUGCAUGGGGUUCAAGUGCCCCAUCAACGCAAUGCAGAUCUUGUGGAUAAACAUUAUCAUGGACGGGCCACCGGCUCAGUCCUUGGGCGUGGAGCCAGUUCACGGAGCCAUUGUGAAGAGGCCGCCACGUAAGGCGGGGGACCCGGUGAUAUCGACCCGUCUCAUGUGGCGCGUGGUUACGAGCGGGUGUCUCAUUGUGGUCGGGACUCUGUGGGUGUUCAGCCUGGGCAUGACGCAGAACGGGGUAUUGUCAAGAAGCAUGGAGCCGACGCGGCGAGAUAGGACCAUGACGUUCACGACCUUCGUCAUGUUCGACAUGUUCAACGCCUUGUGCUGCCGGUCGGCGGACAAGAUCGUGCCCCAGAUGGACAUGUUUGCCAACAAGGCGUUCAUCUACUCUGCCGGAGGGUCCCUUGUCGGCCAGAUGCUCGUGGUGUACGUGCCAUGGCUCCAGCAAAUCUUCCAGACCGAAGCUUUGUCCUUGAACGACCUGGCGUUCAUCGUUUUCGUGGCCUCCAGCAUGGUGGCACUGGAUACUGCACGCAAGGUUCUUUUCCCCGACCGCCAGGGAGAGGCACCGGUUUGGGCUGGUUCUGCCCUCACCAGGAGCUUGGGCAGAGAAAAACUGAGCAUGGCGUGAUCCGGCGAUGGUAGCUCGUCCCCCGUGGGAGAGAGCUCGUGUGUGCGUGUGUGCGUGCGUGUGGUGCACCACAUCAACGACUAUUGUUUGUCACCCGUUGGGGAUAUUAUCUGUACCAUGUAACGCUUCGAAGAAGUGUAAAGUAGUUUUUUUGUGUCAAGACAACAACCGUGUGCGUAAGUCCAGUACAAGUUGAUAUCGA